ACCACCACUUCACCCUGCCCGCCAUGCCCGACAAGUGGGUCUGCUCCUCCAAUGACGCCCUGCGCCUCAGCCUCGUGCGCGGCGGCGCCGACGACGAGCCGCUCGUCUUCGCGCCGACGUUCACCUACCCCAUCUUCGGCGAGGCCGAGGCCAUCUACGGCUACGCCAACCUCGCCAUCGCCCUCUCCUUCGCCGCCGCAUCCCUCACGCCCUGCCUGCGCGUCUCUUACGACGCCAAGAACGAGCGCACCACGACCGAGAUCGAUGACGUCGCUGCCAAGAUGCGCGAGAUCCUCCCCGAGGACGAUGUGCUCGACGACGCUGCCGCGCUUGCCGAGCUGGCGCGCCGCGAGCGCUGCGAGGGCGCCUUCAAGCCGCUCGGAGAGCUCGUGCACAGCUACACUCGGCCCGCAGCCGAGCCCAAGAGCGCAGCGGCGGGCAAGGGAAAGGGCAAGGGCAAGGGCCGUGCGCGCGGCCAGGGCGAGAGCAGCAGUGCCGGCGCCUCUUCGUCCGCCGCAGCGCCGGCCGAGGAGCGGCACUUUGAGAUCUACCAUGCCACGUGGGCCACGCCCGGCUUCCGCGAGCUGCAUCGUCGCAUGCAGGUCUUCACGCUGCUCUUCAUCGAGGGCGCCUCGUACAUCCAGGAGGACGAAGCCGCGUGGGAGUGGUACGUGCUGUACGAGCGUCUGCCGCCCGUCUCUCCCGCUGGGCCGCCGGGCUACGCGUUCGCCGGCUACACGAGCCUCUAUCGCUUCUGGUGCUACCCGGCCAGCUCGCGCGUGCGCCUCAGCCAGUUCGUCGUGCUGCCGCCGUUCCAGGGCGCAGGACACGGCUCGGCGCUCUACACGCACGUGCUCGACUCCGUCAUUGCCGCGUCCGACGUGCAGGAGCUCACCGUCGAAGAUCCAAGCGAGGCGUUCGACCGCGUGCGCGACGGCUCGGAUCUGCGCCGCCUCUUCUCGCAGGCCGAUGGCUUUGCCAACGACGCCAAGAAGCACGGCCGUCUGCUGGCGCCCGUCGAUGCCAAGUGGAGCGAGGAGCAGCGCCUGAAACGCAAGAUUGCGCCGAGACAGUGGGGCCGACUCGUGGAGAUGGUCAUGCUGCUCAACCUGGAUCAGGAGGACGUGGCGCAGUGCAAGAAGUACCGCCUGCAGGUCAAGGCGCGCCUCUACCGCCACAACCGCGACGUGCUGAAGCAGAUGACGCGCGCCGAGCGCAUCUCGAAGCUGCACCAGACGUUUGAGAGCGUCGUGGACGAGUACGCCGGCCUGACGGGCGUGGAUGUCGACGAUCUGCUCGACUCGUACAACAUCAUUGAGGAGGAGGAGGAGGAGGAGGGCGAAGAGACCGGCGGCUCUUCUUCAAAGGCGUACGGCAACGGCGGCCCCAGCCGCAAGAUGGCUCGCCUCGGGUAGAGCACACUGUCACGCCGCAAAUGUCACGCAAUGGUCUGUGG